UUUAAAGGAUAUUCUGUAAAAGCUGUAAGACAUUUUUCGGAGUGCAUCUCAAAGCAACGCACACACAACUUUAACAAACGACGCAACUGAAACGUCAACGACGUCGCCUCGCUCUGCAUGCCUUAAUUUUGUGUUUCCUGUUGUGCAGCAAUAACUUAAAAAAAAGAAAAAGCAAAAAGCAAUAAUAAACAAGCAACAAGUGGGAAAAGACUCCAACGCAGCAGCAACAGCAACAAAAACAACAACCACUUUCUACUCUCCCAAGGCGGCAACAGAAGAAGAGAGAGAAAGAAGCAAAAGCCGGCAGGCAGCAAACAGAAGAGCGCAUAAAGAGAGUAAAGGCAGGAGAGCAGCAACCACUUACACGCACGCCUCUCUAUUCUCUAUUUCUGGUUGAUAUUGUGGAAAAUUUUUGAAAGAUUGUUUACAACAUGGCUAAUCGCAGCAGCUUGAGCGUUUUUUUUGUGGCGGCGGUUUGUUUGAAAAACCGCCUGCAUGCGUUUUUGCUUUGAUCGGCUGUGCUUCGCAACUAAGCGGCCAGCCACAAAUAGCAACAACAUUAACAGCCACAACAACAACAACAACAACAACAAUAGCCAUAGCACAGACACAACAAAUGAGUCUGUCACUGCAACAGCAACAACAACAACAGCCACUGAGAGACAACCACAACCUCAAAAUCAGCAACUACAAAAAGCACAGUCAGUGAUAACCGAUGUGCCGCUCAUUAGAACAGAGGCCAAGCCACCGGACAUAGAGAGGAAUCAUCAGCACACACUUCUUCUUCCACCCUCGACAAAUCUUACUCACCAAAAUAAUAGCAAUAAUAACAACAACAACAGCAAGAAAGCGGCGGAGAGCGCUCGUCGCUAUCGUCGACACAGCAGUGCCGAAGAUCAGCGGCCGAAGCAAGAGAGGCAGCAGCAACAACAACAACAAGAACAACAACAAGAGCUUCUGCCACCGUCAGCGCUGUUGCGAAAAGCCGCCAGCAUGCAGCAGGAGCCGAACGCCAACUAUCAGUUUCAGCCCGACCUGGGUCUGGUGAACAUCGUGAACAACAAUAACAAUAAUAACAGCAGCGGCAACGUCAAUGUCGGUGGGGUCGUCGUCGGUACUCACAGCGGCGGAAUUGUUACGCUACCAGCAGCCAAUAGCAUUGGACUUGUCGGUCUAGAGCAUACGGCAGCCGGAUUACGUUUAAUACCGGGUCCGGCGCCACCCUCCCACAACGACGUCCUCACCCACACACUAAUCUACGGCACACCGCCCUCGGGCUCCCAACAACUGCACACAGACCUGAACUUGCAGGCCCGCAACAUCCUGCAUGAGCAGGAGCUGCAGCUGCAGCAACGCUAUCAACAGCUGCAGCAGUUGCAGGCACAGACUCAGGGUCUAUAUACCGCCGCGGGAUCUCAACCCGUACUCUAUGCUCCUAGUCCAACACAACCCGUGGCCAUACCCGCUGCCUGUCUCCAGCAAACGUCCUCACCCACGCAACAGCAGCAGCAGCAACAGCAGCAUCCGCAGCCGCCCUCGACCUUGGCCCUCGGUCAGCAAAUGCAGAAUAUGCGCAUAUCGGCCUGUUCGCCGGCCUCAACCACCUCCUCGCCGGGCACACCCAUCGAUCCCACGCAGCUAAUCAUGAACAACACCUAUGUGGCGGCCACGCCGCAGGAGGAGCGCUUCAUACAAAUCAUCCAGGCCAAGGAGAUGAAGAUACAGGAAAUGCAACGUGCCCUUCAGUACAAGGAUAACGAGAUCGCGGAGCUCAAGUCGCAUCUGGACAAGUUCCAGAGUGUGUUUCCCUUUCGCAGCAGUGCCGCGGGUGCCGGUCCCAGCGCCUCAACAGGGGCGACCCGCAAAACUGGACAAACCUUUCAGCGGCAGCGUGCUCAGGGCAUCUCCGCGGAACCCCAGUCGGAAUCUUCGGUGCUGCUGGACCACAUCACCUUGCCCAAAUACGAUAAGGAUGAGCGUUCCCGUGAACUAAUCAAAUCGGCCAUUUUGGAUAAUGAUUUCAUGAAGAAUUUAGACCUGACACAAAUACGUGAAAUUGUCGAUUGCAUGUAUCCUGUGAAAUAUCCAGCCAAGAAUCUAAUCAUCAAGGAGGGCGAUGUGGGCAGCAUUGUUUAUGUUAUGGAAGAUGGCCGCAUUGAAGUCUCCCGCGAGGGCAAAUACCUAUCGACACUGUCUGGCGCGAAGGUGCUGGGCGAAUUGGCCAUACUCUAUAACUGCAAGCGGACGGCUACCAUUACGGCCAUAACGGAGUGCAAUCUGUGGGCCAUUGAUCGGCAAUGCUUCCAGACGAUUAUGAUGCGUACGGGCCUCAUAAGGCAGGCGGAAUACACGGACUUCCUCAAGAGCGUGCCAAUCUUCAAGGAUCUGCCCGAAGACACGCUCAUCAAAAUCUCCGAUGUGCUCGAGGAGACACACUACCAGCGCGGGGACUACAUUGUGCGCCAAGGGGCCCGAGGCGACACCUUCUUCAUCAUAUCCAAGGGCAAGGUGCGUGUAACCAUCAAGCAGCAGGAUACUCAGGAGGAGAAAUUCAUACGCAUGCUGAGCAAGGGAGACUUCUUUGGCGAAAAAGCGCUUCAGGGUGAGGAUCUGCGCACUGCCAACAUUAUUUGCGAGUCUCCGGAGGGCGUCACCUGUCUGGUCAUCGAUCGUGAGACCUUCAAUCAGUUGAUUUCGAACCUGGAUGAGAUUAAGCACAGCUACGAUGAUGAGGGCGCCUUGGAGCGCAGCAAAAUCAACGAGGAAUACCGUGAUCUCAAUCUCACGGAUCUGCGUGUGAUUGCCACACUCGGUGUUGGUGGCUUUGGACGCGUCGAACUGGUCCAAAUCAAUGGCGACAACUCGCGCUCCUUUGCGCUGAAGCAGAUGAAGAAGUCGCAGAUUGUGGAGACGCGUCAGCAGCAGCACAUUAUGUCCGAGAAGGAAAUUAUGGGCGAGGCCAACAGCCAGUUCAUAGUCAAGCUCUUCAAGACCUUCAAGGACAAGAAGUACUUGUACAUGCUCAUGGAGAGUUGUCUGGGUGGCGAAUUGUGGACCAUUCUGCGCGACAAGGGGAACUUCGACGAUGGAACCACACGUUUCUACACCGCCUGUGUGGUCGAGGCCUUCGACUAUCUGCACUCGCGCAACAUCAUCUAUCGAGAUCUGAAGCCCGAGAAUUUGCUGCUGGACGAGAAGGGCUACGUGAAGUUGGUGGACUUUGGCUUUGCCAAGAAACUGCAAACUGGUCGCAAGACCUGGACUUUCUGCGGCACGCCCGAGUAUGUGGCGCCCGAAGUGAUAUUGAAUCGUGGUCAUGAUAUUAGCGCCGAUUACUGGUCAUUGGGUGUGCUCAUGUUUGAGCUUCUGACGGGCACGCCACCCUUCACGGGCUCCGACCCCAUGCGCACCUACAACAUUAUACUUAAGGGCAUCGACGCCAUUGAAUUUCCACGCAACAUUACGCGCAACGCCAGCAACUUGAUCAAGAAAUUGUGUCGCGAUAAUCCCGCUGAGCGCUUGGGCUACCAACGUGGCGGCAUUAGCGAGAUCCAGAAGCACAAAUGGUUUGAUGGCUUCUACUGGUGGGGACUGCAGAAUCGUUCGCUGGAACCGCCCAUCAAGCCGACGGUUAAGAGCGUCGUGGAUACUGCCAACUUUGACGACUAUCCUCCCGAUCCGGAGGGACCGCCGCCGGACGAUGUCACUGGCUGGGACAAGGACUUCUAAUGCUCUCUAACUCGUAUGUCUCUCAAUACGUACGAAAUCGGGACAAACAAGCAACGAAAUAGUGCGCCAUAUGUACGCCAAAGUAACAGUCAGCAGCGUAGAGCUGCCAAAACAGCCGGAGUAGCCAGGGUAGCCACAGUGGAAGCAGAAAAAUCAUCGCUCGAUUAGCGCCUAUCGAACUACUACUUGACACUUGAGACUUAGGGUCCUCAUCAUUGUUUACACCACACUUAUUAAUCGAUCACACACAUCGCGGCAGCUAAAAACACGCUCACCAGUUCAUCCACAGUUCUCUUGAUAUCAUUUAAUGUGCAACACAAUGAAUUUAUUAACGAGUUUAUAACUAUUAUUAUUAUGUAAAGAGAUGUUUCUAGUUCAUUUUUAAAAUUGAUAUAACGUUUAAGUAGCGGCCCGCUCGCAGGGCUCUUUUAUCAACAUGAAUUGAAACGUCAUUAUGUACAUUUUCUGUAUGUUUGUAAUUAUAAAAUAACUACUAUUAUUAUUAUUAUUUUUAUUAUUAUCCGUUGUUAAUCUACUAGUGUCCUUAAGCGCGCAAACAUAAAACUAAAAGAAAUAUACACACAAAUAUGGGGUUGCCUUAUAGGUUUUAAGCAAACAUUUUUAUGCAACAUAUGACCACGGAACCUUAAAGCUUCCUAACCGCCCACUCUAUCGCAUAUUCACAUUAAUCUCCGAUGUCUCCAAAUUUAUAUUCAUACCUACACACAUCUAUGCUAUAAGGAUUUACAAUCAUGCUUAAAAUUAUGUAUACCUAUGCUCUUCAAAUUGUUGUCUUAAGUAAUUGAGUUAGAAAUUAAUAAAUACAACUUUAUGAUCUUAAA